AUGGAGGAAAGCGGACGAGCAGUCACUUCAGGUGACUCGCCUGAUUUGUCACUGCAACUCCGCGCUGGCGCGAUGUCUUCUACGCGUUGCAAACCGCUACAUCGCUCUCUUCCGGCGCAGACGAGCUGUCGGAGUCUCUCAGAUUGGAGCGCCGCGCGAUUCUCUGCAGGCUCCUCGCCUUUAGUAGUGAAACACACUGCCCCCGCCUGCCGACCUUGCGGUUCCUACGGUAUCUCAUUUGUGCUGUGUGUCGCUUCCCUCGUUUUGGCGCUCUCUUCGCUCUGCACACUGUUUUCUCCGCCGGCGGUCUCCACCUCGCCCUUGUCUUCCGGUCUUUUUCUGCACGCAGCAGCGCUUCACUCGAGGACGCAAUCCAUUGCUCGCAGGGUGCCUUUGCCUUCCAACCCUCCAGCUGUCGCGUCUGCCGUUCCACUCUCUGCCUCGCGCCUUCCGUCUUACCGCCCCCCCGCACCUGAGGAAGAUCCAGACGCCACUUCUGCGCGUUCGCCCCUGGCUGCCGUCGCCACCGGGGCUUGGUGGCCUAAGCGCUGGCUGCUAUCCCUGAAGCUUGGUCCUCGCGGUGAUGUCGCCUCCGAGGACUCCGACAGACUAGCGAGUCCGCGAUCGUUCGCUGCUGGCGCUGCUGAGUCCGCAAAAGAUACAGCUCCGGGUAUCGCCCACGACGCAGAGGAGACGGCAGAGAAGGCUGUCGACGAGGCUGGCAACUCGCUCUGCGUAGUUAAGCGCCGAGUGUGGACGGCUGCGAAUCGCGCUGCUCAAACACUCGCACCCCGAAGCGCCUUCGCCAAGCGCCUGACGUCGGCCCUCGUCGCUCGCCUCACUGUCCAGUCCCUUCUCUACCCCGUCGAUGUGGUUCGCUGCCGCCGCGCCCAGGGAAUGGCGUUCAAGGACAUCCCCGUGGGAGCUCUCUACAACGGGUGCCUGACUUUGCUGACUCUCGCGGAGGUCCCCUACUGCCUGCUGUGCCUGACCCUCCAAACGCAAGCUCAGAAACUUCUUGCGAAGCACGCUGGAAAGCUGCCGACAGUGGCGAAUUUGUUCCUCAGCGCCGUUGCAGCCGACAGCGUGGGAACUCUGUACAAAACGCCGUUCGACUGCGCCAAAGGCCUUCUCCAGCGAGGCAAAGUCGAUUCGCCGCAGGAGGCGGCGAGAGAGGUGCUCAAGGACGAUGCCGCGAUACUGCGGGCGCAGUACAAAGGGUUCUACGCGCAAGUUCUCCGCGACGCAAGCUACCGAGUGCUGAACGGCCAGACGAUGCAGGCGCUUCGCAGGGUGAUCGCCGCCCGUCAGCAAGCGGCGCUGCAGUCUGGCGAUACGACAGCCUUCGGCGCGGGCCUCGUGGCGAAGGUUACCGCGAAACUCGGCCUCGGCAGCGAACCGCGGGGUGCGCCGACGCUGGGAGAGCGACUCGGAGGCAAGCUGAACUGGGCGACUGACCUGCUGCUGCACGGCGUGCAGCGACAGGCGGAGGGCUUCAGAAACAUCGCGGCCAAACUGACGCACUGGAGGACCCCAGGGGCGAAUAGGCAGCGCGAGAACGAGCUCGUGGAACAGGCCGACGUCGCUGCACAGCGCGGAGAGGGCACGCCUCCCGUUGCUGCUACGCCCUCAGGAACCUUACGGCCGCCGUCGUCGGCGCCCACCACCCUGGCGGUUGGCCUCAUAUCCGGCACGCUGACCUCUCUCUUCACGUCCCCUCUCGAGGCAGCCAGGCGUUACAUCGUCGCUAGAAACAAAGACGAGGCCGACGACGUUACUGCGACCAGACUUCAGGGUCUGCUUGGCGUGUGCCGCGCUCUCUACGAGCUGGCGCAGCAAGAAGGGAUCAUGUCCGGCUGGUUGAAGAGCGCCCCGAGACGCAUGCUGGUUGCCGGCCCCUGCACAGCUCUGAGCGCUCUGAUUUUUGAGGGAACUUCGCGAACUCUGAAUCACUGGUUCCCCGACGUCGAAAAGUAG